AUGAAGAUAGAGAUCUGGCCUAGUGCCAGGCACUCGGUGGACUCGGUCGCGUCGUAUUCUAGUCAGAAUCACGUUGACCGUAUAAGGACUCAAAACUUCUCAGCGGCUUCUUGUCAAGACGAAUGUGACUUCGGGUCCAUUAGGACGAGCCUUUUCAGAAGAUCUUCUUCUAAUACAGAAAUUCCGUUAAAACGACCUGAAAGCGUCACAUCCAAUACAAGUUCUACAAGAAGCCGUCUUAGAGAUUUUGUUGAAAGGAAAUCGAGUCAAGACGAACAUAGACCCGCGGCAAACACAGUUGCUGACAUACAAUACUUUGAAAAUCCCACAGAGACAUUAGAAUUUGAUAAUCCACGAAAUUCACUAGAAUCCAAAAAGAGCCAAGACGAAAAUACUAAAAAGCGGAAAUUGUCUAAUAAAGAUAAAGAGUGUGACAAUAAAAUCAAAAAGGAGGACAAGUAUCAGAGUAAACUAGCUGAAUAUUACAAGCUUCCGUUACAGCUACCUCAAGACGAAUUCUAUCAGCAUCUCACACGAUCUAAGGCUGCUGAGGAAUUUUUACAGAAACGCUUUUCAAAUUCGGACACUGAGUUCAGUGCUAGUUACGGAAGAUUGUGCAAACAUAAAGACGUCGAAGGUUCAAAUUUACGUCGCAGCCGGAGUCUAGCUGUAAUACGAGAGGAAACAUUCACAGAUCUUCAGAUACAAAAUCAUCCCAAAACUAAGCGGUCUCAACUUAUACCGCGUGCCCGUUUAUUUGACAAGCCUUGUUUUAGAGACAGAUUAAUUGGUCGUGCAAAAUACCAAACCAAGGAGGAAGUUUUGGAAGGAAUCUAUAUCGACAGUACUGUAUCUUGUUUUGGAGAUAUAAAUAGACAACGAGUAGACGAAGAACCCUCAAAUCCUCCUGAUAACACAGAAAAUAGGUCUGGAAAAGAGGACGUUGUAUCAAGAAACGAAAGCCAUCAUUCCCAGUCUAUUAGCGGAAGUUGGCCUAAUUUACAUAGUGAAACUAAGCAAACUAACGGCUCCGAAGAAAGUAUUGGACAUUCACGUAAUCCAAGUGAAAUUGACAGCUUAGAUUCAAACUACGUCAGAAAACAUUAUAACUUUGAAGCCCAUUUAAAAAACUAUAAAGGGAGUUCUCCAGAAACCGACAGAUCUAUAGCAUCGCCUAAUAAUAGUAAAGAUCUAUACAUUAGCACUGACGACCCAGACAGUGAUAACGAAGAAGAAAAGACAAAAAUUCAAUGUUCUUCGGUUAAAGAACAUAACACAUUACCGCCAACGGUUGUAAAUGAAGAAAUUGUAUUAAAAUCUGAAGAGAUCUAUGAAGCAAAAUCAUCCGAUAAAGUAUCUUUACAAAGUAAGCAGAGUUGUAAUAUAGAGAAAGAGAAUAAAUCAACAGAAGAUAACAAACAAGAGAAAGUAGAUACUGACAGUCAGUCGACAAUUUCUGAAAACGAAGAAAAUAUUUCUAGUCCAGCUGAUAGUAUUACAUCCUAUAUAUCAAUAUCUAUAGCAUCUUCAACGGAUAAAUCACACAAGUUAGAAUACUUAGCAAAUUCUCUUGCUGAGAAAAUUGACGAAUACUGUGAUUUACAAAACGUAUCUGUGAAUUCACAUACAAUCCCUUCUGAAACUCAAACGCUCGACACAGAUCCCAUCUAUACCAAAGUUCAAAAACAAACAACAUUUGCUGAUCUAAAAAGACAUUCUUUUAACAAGAAACCUCGUGAAUCCAAAAAAGUAAAAAUAAAAACACCCACAAAUGAAUGUUAUGUAACAAAUACAUUUAUUAAAUGCAAAGACUACAGUGACGAUAGCUAUUGCACAUCGACAAAAAACAUAACCACUGAACCUUUUGUAACAACUUUUAUAGAAAAUCAAUACUACUCUUUACCGGAUAUAAAUAUAAGCAAAUGUUUGAGAAAAUCAGAGAGAAUAGACGCUCAAUUAAGAGAAGAAGAUCCAGAAGACAUACCUUGUGAAAACGCAUACGAAGUUGCUCAUACACACGUCAGAGAAUAUUCACAUCAUUCAAAUGGUGAAAACUACGGUCAACUUAAUAAAAUAAACCCAAAAAUUUCAUACAAAAGUCAAGUUGACAUUGAAGAUAAUUCUUCCUAUUAUAGAGAAGAUUCAGAACCUCAACUACUUCAAAACUUUACAAAACUAGAAGACGACUUGAAAUCCAUAAUAACUAUUGACAGUUCUUAUGCAGACGACUCUAGUUAUUAUCAAUUAGAUCAUCAUCAAAACGAACGGGAAAUAAAUGAAAUUGAAGGCACAAUACGAAAUAAUAAAAUAAUAACAAAAUCAGACAGCUUGAAGUUAAUCUCCAAUAUAUCUAACAAACCGGAAAUAAAAAUAUUAAAAUCAUUAUCCAACGACAAUAUAAAUACAUCUCUUAAAAGAAAACGAAGCAAAACUGGGAUUCAUAAACACUAUUCACUUCGGCAACGUAAUCCAACUGAUAAUGAAUCUAUACGUAUACCAAGCCCACAGCAAGUAGAAAAAAGUUUCAGUAAACCAGUUCAACGUAAAAUUUCAAAUCUAUCAUUUACUGACCAAAUCAAAAAUCAUUCACUACUUUCGCGAGUUCAGUCUUUUAAAACAUCAGCAGAAUCGAAUGUAUCCAUUAUUCCAUUAAGUGGUCAUCAAACUAUUGUCAUUGAUCCCCCUACGCAAUCUAUACCAGAACAACAAAAUAAAUACUUGGUUAAAGAAAAACAGUCUGAAAGCUCUGAUAAUACAAAUUCAAAAACAAGUAACGAAAAUCAAACGACCAUCAAAGUUACAGCCAACACGGAAGAGAGUAGUUGCGAAAACAAAAUAUUUACAAAUAAUAUAACAGGAGAUCCUUUUAUAACAAUCAAACUAAAUAAAAUUGUUAAAAAGAAUAUUCCAAAACUAAACAGCUCAUUGUACGAAACUGCAGUUGAAAACCCAUACCAAAGACCGCCGUCUAAGUUGGUUAUAAACGACAGUAACAAUAAUCUUACAGACUCCAAUUUAUCAAUCACUAUGACCCGCCCACAAGUUCUUCAAGUGAUUGAUUCAAAAAAUAAAAAAUCGAAUGAAGUUGUUGCAGAUAAAAAUAAAAAGGCUAUUAGCGGAGUUAAAAUGAAUAACUUAGAGAGUAAAAAUGACUUUAAAGAAUCCAAAUUUGAAAAUAAUAAUGUAAAAGAAAAACUUAAUAAUGCAAUAAAAACGGAUAUAGAGUAUCAAGAAAAAAUAAACUCGGUAAAAAACUACUGGUCUAAACUUAUUGAAAAGUCUCCUGAAUAUCAAAAUAAAGAAGAUGAUAAGGACAAGACAGAAGGAACAGAAGAAAAUAUAAACGAAGAAAACGCAAAUAGAGAUGAAAAUGAUAACAGCAAUGAUAAAUGUGUUCCAGAAGUUUCAGUAGGGAGCAUUAUAAAGACAUUAGAAAGUGCGAAAAUUGUAGAUAGUGUAAAGAAAAUAAAUCAAACAAAACUACAAUUGUGGAAGGAAGAAACAGAAAAAGUUAAGAGUGAUUCUGAAAUUGAAGAACCACCGGUGGAAAAGAUAGUUAAAGACACAACGAGAACUAUUUACGAACAACCGAAAAUUGAAAAACCAUCUAAAAAAUCCGAAAAAGAGAUGUGUAGAGAUACUCCAGACAUCGAAAUUGUUGAGUUAAGUAGUGACAAUCAAAACCAAAAAACUCAGGCAACCUUAAUCAAAGCCAAAGGAUAUGAGAAGGGUUGUGACGAAUUUGAUCAUGUUAGGUAUAAGGUGAUGAAAUCUGAAUUGUUUAAAAAUAGUAUGAUAGCGAAUUAUCGAAAAGAAGCGCAAUUCGAUGGUCUUUUACAAUAUCUCCAGGAUUACAGUUUUCAAGAGCUACUGGUUAACAACAAUAUAGUAAUAAUAGAACCUGUUAGAACUAAAGUUGAACCAGCUCCUAGAAAAAAUACAACAGACACAUGUAAAAUACCACCUACAUUACUUAAGAAAACUGAUUGUACAUCACAAGUGGACAAAUCAAAGAAUGCCAUUCGCAGACACUUUUUCUAUCAUCCAAUUAGAGUUAAUAAAGAAAUCAUAGAAGAGGAACUUCCAAAUCCAGAUACAGUGAAGAAGGUGCGUAACUUGUUUGAGGAUACCCUUAAGAUGAAGAGUCCAAUGACACAUGAUCCCCCCUUAAUUGACGAAAAUUCAGGACUAACGAGAAGGGCAACGUCAUAUAGAAAUUUAAGCGAAGAAGUAAAAGUAAAUAAGAUUGAUGGAAGAAAAAAAAUAACACGCCAAUUAACAAUCGACACAAAUGUUGGUAACAAAAAAUGGGACAACGCUAGUCUUUCAAGUGGAGUAUCCAGCGGAGAUCUUAGUUCUAAUAAUGAUUACGAAACAGACGGACUCAGUCCGUAUUCGCAUAAAACUAUUAAAGAUAAUGUUUAUAGCUCCAGCGACGAAUAUCUAUGCGAUUCAGCAAGCCAAGAUUUUUGUUGUGAAAGUCAAUACGUCAGUCCAGAUAUCCUAAAGAAAAUAAGAGAUUGCGGGACCUCAGUAACCUAUUACGGAGGGAAAGUGCUUAAUUCUAAGCCAGGAUCCACUGUUAGUCCUAUGACUAAAGCGAUAAUGGAUGAAAUUAAAAGUCUUCAAAAAAACUGCAGUAGAGACUGUUAUUCCUGUCAAACAAAAUGUAAAGGCGAUAAGUGUUCUUGUUUAGCGGCAGAUAAGCAUCGUCAACUUUCAGCUAAACAAAAUGCUGAAAAAGAAACUCCACGACAAGGUAAAUUGAAACAGAUGGAAUUUCCAGGAUUUAAAUUCAAACUUGUUAAGUCAAAUAGUUGCAGUAGCCGCUUAGAACUAACAGGUACCGAUGAAGGAAGAAACCCGAGACUAAAAUACAGAAAACAGAAUUCAAAAGAAGACCCACCGUUAGUACACGAUGAAGAGAAUUCUGUAAAAAAUAAAAUAUGUCGCUUAGAAAGUUAUAGCAAGGGCAUUGCUAAAACACCAUUUCAAAACAACGACAAUGACACAAUACCUAGAACAACAAACGCUAAAGAAAUGAAAGAUGACGCUAUUGCAAAACCAAUAGAAGAAUCAAACUCUAUCCAGGCUACAAACAUACCGAAAGAUAGUAUCCAAGAUACAAGAGAGGAUAUGAAGUAUACAAUUCAAAGUGACAAGCAACAAAAUAACGACCCACACAGCUUUGAAAAGAAGUUUUACUACGUUAACGACAAUGUAGAACAAAGAAACGUCCCAGUGGGAAAAUUCGGAGAGAUGAUUUUUGAAGAAUUCGAGGUUUUAGAAAACUGUUAUGAUAGUUUAAAUAGUAAUAAGUCUCCUUAA